AUGUCAAAGGCUUCAGUAUUGUUGUCAUGGCGGAAUCUGAUAUGCCUGCCGUUUCGAGCGUUGCUCCCAAUUCUGCCCGUCCGCAUAUUGAAGUGGACACAUUCGAGGAUUUCCACUUACACAACGUCGCUCUCCUCGAGCGUGUUGGCUCAUGAGUACAAACACGGCCGUCGCUACCAUAGCUACCACAGUGGCUCCUACCUAUUCCCAAAUGAUGAACAGGAGCAGGAACGUCUUGAUAUGGUUCAUCAUAUAUGCUUCCGGGCUCUUGGCGAUCGUCUCUUUCUCGCACCGAUUAAGCCCAACGGCAAGCGGGUUCUUGAUAUUGGAACAGGCACCGGGAUCUGGGCCAUGCAGAUGGGCGAUGAGUACCCUGAAGCCGAGCAGAUUAUCGGCAAUGAUUUGAGCCCAAUCCAGCCAACCUGGAUUCCACCCAAUGUCAAGUUCAUCGUCGACAAUGUGGAGCAGAACUGGGUCGAGCCGCAGCCCUAUGAUUUCAUCCACUGUCGGUAUAUGUGUGGUUCGAUCAGCGACUGGCCGAAACUACUUCGCCAGUGCUAUGAACACCUGAAGCCUGGCGGCUGGAUUGAGAUCCAGAAUGGCGACUUCAACUUCUACUCGGAAGACAACACCUUCAAGCCAGAUAACUAUCUCCAUAUUAUGGCGUCAAAUCUCAUCGAGGCCUGCAGGAGGAUUGGAAAGCCACUAGACGUCGCACCGCAGAUAAAGGGCUUGGUGGAAGCGCAGGGGUUCAUCCAGGCCGAUGAAAAGAUCUUCCCGAUCCCCCUCAGCGGCUGGGCCAAGGAUAAAAGGAUGAAGGAAAUGGGCCUCUUCACUGCCGUGAAUCACAUCGAAGGCGUGGAAGCCCUCACAGUCGCCCCCUUCUCCGAGGUGCUGGGCUGGAGUCCGGAGGAGAUCGAGGUGCUCAUUGCUGGUGUCCGGAGGGACUCAGAGAGGAGAGACGUUCACGGUCUCUGGAACAUCCAUGUCGUCACUGCGCAGAAGCCACAGUAG